AUGAACUCGAUCUCCCUCAACGUGGAUGGGCUCAUAGAAGAGCUUCUCUCUGUCCGAGGUAAAGGCCCAGCCAGGCAGGUUAACCUGUACGAAGAUGACAUCCGAUCGCUCUGCCUGGUGGCGCGAGACGUGUUCCUGGACCAGCCGUGCCUCCUUCAGUUGGCCACUCCCAUGAAGAUCUGCGGUGACAUCCACGGGCAGUACUACGACCUCCUCCGGCUGUUCGAUCACGGUGGCCACCCUCCGCAUUCCAACUACCUCUUUCUUGGGGACUACGUGGAUCGGGGCAAGCACAGCCUGGAAACGAUCUGCCUGCUGCUGUGCUACAAGGUCAAGUACCCGGCCAACUUCUUCCUUCUGAGGGGCAAUCACGAGUCGGCCUCCAUCAACAAGAUGUACGGCUUCUACGACGAAUGCAAGCGCCGGUACUCCACCAAGCUCUGGAGGACUUUCACGGACUGCUUCAACUGUCUCCCCAUAGCCGCCAUCGUGGACGACAAGAUUUUUUGCGCCCACGGCGGACUGUCACCGGAGCUUUUCGACAUGGAGCAGAUCAACAGGGUCUCGAGACCGACGGAUGUGCCAGAUACAGGUUUGCUGUGCGACCUGCUUUGGUCGGAUCCCGACCGCGACAUCAUCGGGUGGGGAGAGAACGACAGAGGCGUUUCGUUCACGUUCGGAGAAGACAUCGUCAGGGACUUUCUCGCCACGCACGACCUCGAUCUGAUCUGCCGAGCCCACCAGAUUUUGCAAUCCUCGGAGAAGAAGCGUCGCCUUCCGCGGAGAUCGACUGCAACCAGGGCUUUGCUCUCGAAGGGCCCUAUAGCGGGGCCACGAGAUUCUCCGUCACCCCCGUUGGGAGAAGACCCCCUGUCAGCGCCGCCCGCUCAGGCGGAAGAAGAGGAGGAGGAGGAGGAGGAGGGGGGGGAUUACGGCGUGGGGGAGACCGGGGCGUUUCCGUCUCCUGCCCCGGAGACGUUGGUGCCGCCACUUUCUCAUGCGGCCGCCGCCGCCGCUUCUGCUGCAACAGCGCCCAGGACUUCUCUGCUCGAUGCUUCGGUUUCUGCCUUUGCUGCUGCGGGAGCGGCGAAACUCGCAGGGAAUGGCGGUGCGCCCUUCAAUUCCGACGGGUCACUGAGCAGCUCCGCCAGCGACUACGACAGCGGACCGCCCUCCUUCGGGUCGCUCCCCGGCGAUCACAACCGAUCGGCCAGGGGCGCGAACGGCGGCGGGGGCGCGAGAGAUGGAACGGGGUCCCCCCCUACGGGGCUCGGCCGAGCAUUGGUUGCUCCGACGAACGAUUUCGAUGGCGCCGGCGCCGCCACCGCCGCCGGCCUGGCCUGUUCUCCGGACAUCAUGGCAGGCGAUGGGGGAAGCUUCGUUGACGAGGGGCGGCUGGGGGGGGGAUCCGAGGCGGGCGGCCUGGAGAGGAUACCCGUGGUGCGCCUCCCACCGCCGCCGCCGACCACGCUGUCCGACGCACUGGCCACGAGGAAACUCGCCGACAUCGACGGCGUCGGGGGCGCGGCCGGGGCGCUGCCCGGCGACGGUGCUGCUGUCGAGGGACCGCCGUUGAACAAGCAGACCUCUUCGGGAAGGAGCCGCGGCGGCGGCGGUGGCGGCGGCGGUGGCGGCAGCGAACGGUCUGGGCGUGGCGGUGGCCGCCAGUACUCCAGCCCUCCGCCCGGAGGGGAGCUGGUCGACAGAGACGGCGACUGGGUGAAUUCUUCGAUCGGCGGCGGUGGGGACAGGGUGGACAAGAGACGGCGGCAGCGCUGGUUGAACACCGCGGCUUCGCGGAGGGGGGACGGUGGCUUCACCACUGCCCCCGCCAACGGGGGGGGGGCGGGGAAGGCGGCGGCGGCGGCGGCGGGACCCCCUUCGAGCAGGGACACCCAAGCCAGCGGAGGGGACCGCGGUGCACGCAUAGGCGUGGCCACCGCCGUAGCAGGCCGGGGGGUGGGGGUCGCUGGGCAGGCGGCGGCUGCGGACGGCGGCGGUCCGGCGGUGCCGUUGCCAGAAUUCGGCGGUGAUGGGGAUGGGGUGGGUGGUGGUCGCGGUGUGAGCGGAGCUGCUACUAUGUCGCCCGGGGACGUCGGCGGCGGCGCGGGGGCCGCGGGCGAGAGGGGAGGAGGGCAGCAGCUGGUGGUCUUCCCCGUGGCCAAGGCUUUGGACGAGAGCGACCUGGCCGUCCUCUCCUCCGACGAGGACUCCGUGUACGCCGCGUCGUCGGACACCUACGAGGUGACGUCCGACACGUCGUUAGACCUCAACGUCGACCGCCGGCUAACCGGAGGGCUCGGCGCCGACGAGGACAGCGACGACUAUUACUCGGCGAGUGACGAGGAGGACGAGGAGGAGGAGGAGAAGUGGGGCGGGGGAAGGUCCGGCGGGGAUCUGCAGCGCAGAAGGAUGAUGAUGACGGGGGGUGACGGCGAGGCCACGAGCGGCAGCGCGGAGCGCCGAGGGGAGCAGCGCCAGGCAAACGCCCGCGCCCGCGAGAAGGCGGCCGCCGCUGCCACCGCCGCAUAUGCCGGCGGCGGCAGCAGGGCGGACGUCGUCGGUGGCGGCGCCAUCGACCCCGCGAUGCUGCCGUACGCGGCGUACGGGCUGGCGACGCCCCCGGCGGGGACUGGCGAGAGCGACAGCCCCGGCGUCGGCGGCUCUUCCUCUGGAACUUCCUUCGAAGCAGCAGCGGCGGCGGCGGAGAGGUCGAGCGGGAGCGAGAGGAAGUCGGAGGAGUGCGACGACGGUGGGGCUCGGCGCACGACCCGCUCCACUCGGGAGGCGGCCCCAACGCAUCGCGGCGGCGGCGGCGGCGGUCGCGACGACGACCACGAUCAUGAUGACGGCAACGGCGGCAUCACCGGGUACUCCAGGUUCGACGACGGCGGCGGCGGCGGCGGCGGUCGUGACGAUGCCUCGGGCUAUGGGAGAACCCGGUCGCUCACGGCGGAAGCCAGCAGCCCCGAGGACACCAUCAGGGCCAACAGGGGAGACAGCGAGGACUUCGGGCGGCGCCGGGGGCGGGAGAAGAGUAUGGCGGGGCGGAAGCUGGGGGGAUGGCGGCUUGGAAAGCCGAUGACGGGAUCGAGAAAGAGAGGCGCUACUACUGGCAUGGGGGCUGACGGCGGCGAAGAGGAGAAAGCACGAGGCCCGGCGGACCUCGACAGCAGCAGCCGAAGCUCGGCCUGCAGCUGUAGCCUUCGCAGCGACGGAGGGGACAGCCUAACCGAGAGCGAGAAGAGGUCGAGGAGAGAGGGGGCCACGCGGCUGUUGGGGUCGGUGAAGAAGGGGGCCAGCGUCGUCUGGAGCAAGGUCACGUCAGACCACCCGGAGCCGCUGCCGAUCGACAAGGGGCCUAGCGCGCGGGCGCUAGCAGCUUGGGCCACCCGGAGGAGGGUGGCAGAAGUAGCAGAGCAGGCAUCGUGCACUGCCGGCCUCUUGCAGUUCUCAGAUUGA